AUUUUGGCUUUUCGUUUAUUCCUUUCCCCUGCCCACCUUCCUCUCCCCUCGCACCCCCUUUCCCUUCCAACCCCGGGCAGCGGAUCUACCUGCCGCCGCCUCGAUCCCGCCUCUCGGCGACCUUGCGCAGUCCUUCUUACUCGGGCCCCGGGGCGUCCUGCGGCUGACUCCACCCCGUCCCAGUCUUCGUCCGGCCACCGGAUCUCCUCCCUCCCUCUGAGUCUGAGAUUUUGAAGGAAGGACAGAAGCCGAACCAUGGGGAAGAGGAAGGCGGCCGCUAAGCCACCCCCUAGGAAGCGGAUGGACAAGCUCGAUACCGUCUUUUCCUGCCCAUUCUGCAACCAUGGGAGCAGCGUUGAAUGCCGGAUUGAUCUGAAGAAUCUGAUUGGUGAGGCCAAUUGUCAAAUCUGCCAGGAAAGCUUCAGCACCACUGCAAAUGCGCUCACUGAAGCUAUUGAUGUAUACAGCGAAUGGAUCGAUGAGUGCGAGCGUGUCAACACUGUUGAAGAUGACGAUGGUGCAUGAGCAAGUGUAACUAUAAUACUCUAUGAUCUCAAUGUGUUGAUGUCAUUUACUGCCACCGUCAGCCAUAUCUGUAGUAGCAUUGUAACAAUGUACUGGCUGACUUAAACGUUAGUAGGCAGUUUGUCCCGUGCUUAAUACACAACCGAUGAUAUUGUGUACCUGUAUUUGUAAACCUUGGUAUAGCGGCUGAGAUUACACCUAAUCUCGGUACCUGCAAAGAAUGUGUACUUGAGACAUGAUGUUUGUGAGGCUGUUCUGUGAACCGUCAAGUCAAGAAUUUAUACUUAUGGUAUGGUGGUUGUUUGA